GACAGCCCCUGCCUCAGGGUGAAGCGGCGCUCUAAGCGGGGGCAGGUGGGCAUGGUGCAGGUCGGCGUGGAGACCUACGGAGGGGGCAUCUGGAACACCUGGUUUGACCGUGACCUCACCGUGGCCGGGAGGGUGAUCAUAAAGGACCCAGCCACAGGGCGCCUGGAGCAGCGCCUGGUACGUGUGGAGCGGCCUGUCCUCCGCAUUCCCCACUUGGCCAUCCAUCUGCAGCGCAGCAUCAAUGAGAACUUUGGGCCCAACACCGAGCACCACCUGGUUCCCAUUCUGGCCACUGCUGUGCAGGAGGAGCUGGAAAAGGAGGUGCUCAUGGAUGCCACGCCUUGUGAUGCUGCGGCCCAGGCAGAACGGCACAGCCCUGUCCUGCUUUCCCUGCUCUGCCCCCAGUUGGGGGUGAAACCAGAGCAGAUUGUGGAGCUGGAACUCUGCCUGGCGGAUACCCAGCCAGCGACACUGGGAGGUGCCUUUGACGAGUUCAUCUUCUCUCCACGCCUGGACAACCUGCACAGCUGCUACUGCGCCCUGCAGGCCUUGAUUGACUCGUGUGCGGCGCCCUCCUCUCUCUCCCAGGAGCCCAACGUCCGUCUCAUUGCACUCUACGACAACGAGGAGGUAGGGUCAGAGAGCGCACAGGGCGCGGAGUCCUUGCUGACGGAGCUGGUGCUGCGCCGGAUCUCGGCAUCGCCGCAAAACCUGACGGCCUUCGAGGAGGCUGUGGCCAAGUCCUACAUGAUCAGCGCCGAUAUGGCCCACGCUGUACACCCUAACUACGUGGACAAGCAUGAGGAGAAUCAUCGUCCGGCCUUCCACAAGGGCCCCGUCAUCAAAGUGAACAGCAACCAGCGCUACGCCUCCACGGCUGUCACCGAAGCAGUCAUCCGGGACAUCGCCGCCCGCGUGGGUGUCCCUCUGCAGGAGUUCAUGGUGCGCAAUGACACGCCCUGCGGCACCACCAUCGGCCCCAUUCUGGCCUCGCGCCUGGGCCUGCGCGUGCUGGACAUCGGCUGCCCGCAGCUG